AAGGGCGGCAGCCUUGGGGCCCGGGCAGGCGUCGGGGGCGCGCCCUCGCUGGCCGCCUUCUCCCGGGCGGCGAGGUGCUGAGGCGUCCCCGCGGCCGGGCCGCACGGCCGCCCCCUGCGGGUACAGGGGCGCGCGCGGGCUGUGGAGCUGUGAGGUUCUUCGGGAGCAUUUCAGAUCUGCCUGGUAAAUCAGGGCAUCACCAUGUUGGCUGCAAGGCUUGUGUGUCUCCGGACACUACCUUCUAGGGUUUUUCACCCCGCGUUCACCAAGGCCUCCUCCCCCGUUGUAAAGAAUUCCAUCACAAAGAAUCAAUGGCUCCUAACACCCAGCAGGGAAUAUGCUACCAGGUCAAGACUUGGAAUCCGCCGUGGGAAAACUGCCCAAGAACUCAAAGAGGCAGCGCUGGAACCAUCGAUAGAUAAAACACAAAAAAUUGAACAGAUAGGAAAAUGUAUUAUUGCUGGAGGGGCUGCCGUUGGUCUUGGAGCAUUAUGCUACUAUGGCUUGGGAAUGUCUAAUGAGAUAGGAGCAAUUGAAAAGGCUAUAAUUUGGCCUCAGUAUGUGAAGGAUAGGAUACAUUCCACCUACAUGUACUUAGGAGGAAGUAUUGGUUUAACAGCUUUGUCUGCCUUGGCAGUAGCUAGAAGUCCUGUUCUCAUGAACUUCAUGAUGAGAGGCUCUUGGGUGACAAUUGGUGCAACUUUCGCAGCCAUGAUUGGAGCUGGAAUGCUAGUACGAUCCAUACCAUAUGAACAGCAUCCAGGCCAAAAGCAUCUUGCCUGGUUGCUCCAUUCUGGUGUGAUGGGUGCGGUGGUGGCACCUCUGACCAUAUUGGGUGGCCCUCUCCUCGUCAGAGCCGCUUGGUACACGGCUGGCAUCGUGGGCGGCCUGUCCACCGUGGCCAUGUGUGCACCCAGUGAGAAGUUUCUGAACAUGGGAGCACCCCUGGGCGUGGGCCUAGGUCUCGUUUUUGCAGCAUCACUCGGAUCGAUGUUUAUUCCACCUACCACUGUGGCUGGUUCUGCUAUGUACACAGUGGCAGUGUAUGGUGGAUUAGUUCUUUUCAGCAUGUUCCUUCUUCAUGAUACUCAGAGAGUAAUCAAACGCGCAGAAAUAACACCAAUGUAUGGAGUUCAAAAGUAUGAUCCCAUCAAUUCGAUGUUGGCAAUCUACAUGGAUGUAUUAAAUAUAUUUAUCCGAGUUGCAAGUAUGCUAGCAACUGGAGGCAACAGAAAGAAGUGAAGCAAGAGCAUCCGGCUCCUGACGCAUCACAUGUCGUUUGUUUAGUAGGGCCAAUGUUCAUUAUGUAGUUUGUACAAGCCACUCUUGUUGAGGUUUGGAGGAUAAGACCAUGUUGACACAUUUAAGUGUUCCAGUAAUGUAACCCCCACGUCUGCUUUUUCUUUUAGAAAAUAAAUUCAGCAGUUCUCUUCCAAAUAAGCACAUAAGUAUGUCCAACUCUCAUACUUGAGUAAUUUUAAGGUACUUUAACAAAUAUGAAAACUAAGGUUUAUGCCAGGAGAGCUUAAGUAUUUUACCUAUUUUUGAGUUUAUUAGAGUAAGUGAAAAUUAGUAAAUUUGUGCCUAUUCAUAUCUUGGGACACAAUUUUUUGUUUGUUUUUUUUUUUUGAGGCAGGGUCUUGCUGUAUCAUUCAGGCUGGCCUUGAACCCAUGGCAGUCCUCCUGCCUUGGCCUCCUGAGUACUGGGAUUACUCUGGCGUGUGCCACCACGCCCGGCUGGCACACAGAGUACUGAAGUAACAUCAUAAGUAAUGUAGAAGUUUUGGUGUAGAGACUGGAAAGUAGGUUAUCCACACCAUUUACCCCCCAUUCUUAGAAUUUAGCAUUUUGUGAUUGUGUUGAGCCAAUGAUAAACAUCUGAGUAUUUGCAACAAACAAGUGAUUGCUAUUUUUGCAUUUGCCUUGGAAAUAGAGGCCUGGAGGACACAUCGUCCUGCUCUGCUUCUCAGUGCUGUCACAGUGGAGAUGUGGUCCUCGUGAGGAAUGUCAGGAGUCUGUCCUCAGCAGUGCAGAGUGUUAGUCACAUUGGCAAUCCCGAGUGGAAUUAUGUAUAUGAGUUUUCCUUUUGAAUCUCCUAGAGCAACAUUUCCUUAAACGACUCUAGAUAAAAUGUUCAAAGCAUGAAAUGUAUUGCUUUUUAAAGUACACAAGCAACAUGUUUGUAGUUGGUGAGGAUUUGCUGCAGAAGUAUUGGUGUCUAAAUAUAUGCUUGUUUUUCUCGGCUCUUCCUUUUGAUGUCAUUAGCAAAACGUGCUGUGGCUUAUGCUAGAGGUUUUUACAAAAGCAGUUUUUCUCCUAAAACUGUUGGUUUUUUGCAUUCCCUCUGAAAUGAAGCACUGUAAAGCAAAGCUAGCUGUCUGAAAAACGUGAAUCAAAAGUGGGAUGGAGAAGUGUCCCCAGCAGAAUUUUCUUUUUGUCAUGCAUAGACUAUUACUUCACUUGCUUGUAACAUUUGUAAGAUUUUUGACACAGAAUUAGAAGUCUUUAGUGAUAGGAAGAAGUCUAUAUGAUUACUGAGAUGACUGCUAUUUUUGAUAAAUAUUUAUUGCAGUAACCUGGAAAUAACUUCUAACCAUCUCAAAGUACAUAGAAUAUUUAUUUAUGAAACAAUAAAGUUUCUGGCCAGAUGGUGA